AUUUAUUUAUUGAGCAACAACAAAGCUAUUUACUAUUUAAAAGUCGGGACUGCCUAGGAAGAGGUCUCCCUGUUAAAGAUGGAGAAACAAGGCCGUUCGUUUGACGCAGAGUUCCAGUCGUUGGUUCUCAGUCUGCACAGACUGGUGAAAAUCAUGAACUAUUUAACUAGUUUUUCCGAGACAGAUCUUCACCAUGCGACCAGACAAAAAAUGGAUGCUGAAGCCAUGUUACAAUAUAUAACAUAUGAUAUCAGGCAGUUGAAAGCUACACUUUCGCAAUAUCAGCAAGAACUUUGCGUUCCAUGCCUGAACACCAAACAAAACAAAAUGGAAGAAUUCAUAGCAUCCUUUGAGACCCCAAAAGUAACAGAAACGGAUUCUAAAGGAACCACGACAAAGAAAAAGCCAAAGCAGACAACCACAACACCACCACUGACAUCUGGGAUGAAGAUUCGCUUAAGAACGCUGACUGAAAUGGCCAAAGAUAUUGGGCGGCAGGAGGAAGAAUCCUCCCACAUAAGGGAUCUGGUCUCCAUGGUUGAACUUCUCGAGGAUCUCACCCACUCUGUAGCCUUAGAGUUAGCCAUAGACAGGGGCGUCGACAGACAAAAUCCAUCAGCCCAUCAGUGUGAGUUGGAUUCCCACAGAAACACCAAGCAGGGUGCCUCAAAUGCGUAUGGAUGUACAAUAAUAUAAUUGUCUGAUGCUGUUGCUGGGACUUGGAACCUGUGGCACCGAAUUGCCGGCACGUUGCAGUCUUAAUUGCCACCACACGCUCUCAGCUAUAUAUCUAUUUAUGUAUGUAUGUAUUUAUGUAUGAAUGUAUUUGCCAUAAGCUUGUGUGAUAUAUUACAUUCGUAUCAUCUAUCUAGUAUAUGUGUAAAUAUUGUAAGGCGAUUAAUCAGGGCACCCUAACACUGUAACAAUUGUCUGGGGCAAUAACAAACAAGAUUUAAAUAUGAAAAAAAGAAAAAAGAAAUUCAUUAGAAAUGCAUCAGCCACAUUUGUAAAUGUAAAAAAGAAUAUAAGAAGAAAUAAUCAUACAUUUAAAUCAGUUUGUAUAACUGGUAGAGAAUGUAUAGAUAUUUUAUUUAAAUUGUGUAAAUUGGUUAGGGAUAUUGUACUUUAUAACAACCUCGCACAUGGAUAGCAAUAACAACUGAAAAUAGGGUGGUGCAUUUUCAAUAUAAGAGUUGAGUAUACAUUCUUUGUAAAUAUGUUCUUUGUUAACUUGUUCCUAAGAUAAUAAAGGAUUUGUCAUUGAAAUACA